AUGUGCGGAAAAGGAGAGUUGCAAUCUCCAAUUGAUCUUACAAACGAAAGAGUUCAAAUUGUUUAUCACCUUGGAAGGCUUACUAAAGACUACAAACCUUCCAAUGCCACUCUAAAAAAUAGAGGCCAUGAUAUGAUGUUGAGAUUUGAAGAAGAGUCAGGAAGUAUAAAGAUCAAUGGUACUGAAUAUCAACUCCUACAGCUUCAUUGGCAUGCUCCCUCUGAACAUACCAUCAAUGGAAGAAGGUUCGCUCUGGAGCUUCACAUGGUUCACGAGAGUAUUAACGGAACUAUGGCUGUACUCACAAUACUCUACAAAAUCGGACGACCAGACUCUUUUCUCAGAUUGAUGGAGAAUAAACUGGGGGCGAUUACAGAUCAAAAUGAGAGAGAGAAGAAUGUAGGAAUAAUUGAUCCACAAAAGAUUGAUAUUGGGAGCAGAAAAUAUUACAGAUAUAUUGGAUCACUUACCAUUCCUCCUUGUACGCAGAAUGUUACUUGGACCAUCGUUAAAAAGAUAAGGACUGUGUCGAGAAAACAAGUACAACAACUCCGAGUAGCUGUUCACGAUGUGAGUUUUAUUUAA